AUGCCGACCGCUCUAUUUCCUCUACAUGGAAAGGUUUUCCAACAAAUCAACGCACCUCGCCCACAUUCGCGACCACAUCGCAGCCGCGCACAUAUGCACACUCACACUACCUCUCCCAAUCGAUAUCGAGCAUUAAUUACUAAGACAGGGAAUUUAAAUUCGAAGGGUACCUUCGAGAAGAACAGCACAAUACCAGUUACUGCACGACCAACGUCCUAUCAGCCUAUAACAGCGAUUCGGACUCGUAAUUGUAAUAAUGACAAUAGGCAAAUUUUCGCGACUACGACAUUACGCUACGCACACGACCCUCGUCACACUACACAUCUCAACAAAUUUACCUUUAAAAUAAAUAGUGGAAGGACUAAUUUCUACACUUUUCCGUGCGCAGAAAUGGAUAUGCCUUGUAAUUCUGGACGGAAGAGAGAGGUAAGGAUGGGAUAA